AUGAAAGCCUUACAGCUUUCGAUUAUGCUUUGUUUUACCUCCUGUUGGCUCCUUCCUGUCAGUGACGCGGGACGAUUAGCUUCAAUGCAGGUGGUGCAACGGUUGAAGGAGCUUGAGCCGAAGCAUGCCGAAAUUAAAUAUCAAAUCAUCAACUUUGUAGCAACGGCCAAGUUCAAUGUGGUGCAUAAGGCAGACGAUUUUUAUAGGCGAGUGUUUGCUCUCAAGGAAGGCUCGUUGACUGCAUCGACAGUACUAGAGGAUGAGCUGCUCUACCAGUUGGACCAUCAGCUAGCGCCAGCCGAUCGGAGUUGUCUCGGAAUGCUGCGCACGAUCGUUGAUAACAACAUGAAUGUGGCCGGUGUGGGCUUCACGAACUGUGUCAGUAAUGUCGAGUCCGAGUUGGAUCGGGCGCUCGAGCGUGCUCACAAGACUCUGCAGCUGGAUGAAUCGGAAAUCUUCUACCAACGACUGCUGGAUGUGUUCGAUGGGGAAAACAUAAUGGCCGGACCGGAUGCGAUUCUGGCCAAAUUGCAGAGCAAAGCGGAUGCCAUCGAUGGGUACAGCAAGGAUUAUAUUAGCGACAUAUUCGUGGUCGUGGAAACGUUCUCCACAGCCCUGGACUCGAUGAGAAGGAACUAUGAGCAAUGUUUGAAUACGAACGAACGCAUCCUUAGGAGCACGUACGAAGUAUCGAGAAGUCAGUUGACGGAAAUUUGUCUAGGAAGUAUUGUUCCGUGA